GAGAGAGAGAGAGAGAGAGAGAGAGAGAGAGAGAGAGAGAGAGAGAGAGAGAGUGUACAGGUAGAGUGAGAGUACAGGUAGAGUGAUAGCGUGUGCGGCUCCAGUCUCUACAUACAGGUGUUGUCAUUCAGGGAUGAUGCAGGCUGAACGUACACAAUUGCAGGUGCUGUAAGUAGCACUGUGAACCAUCUGACAGGGGCAGACGGAGGGAAGACACCGCAAGCUUACUCAACACCCGCCUCUAGGAAGGUGUCAUGGCUCCGCUGGUGGCCCACCUGCCAGGCCUGGUGACGGAGGCAGGGCCAGCCAUCACCGUGCUGGCCUUCAUCGCCCUCCUCCUCAUCCUCAUCAACCUCCUCAACGUCUGCACCAUGUGCCAGAAGCAGUCCUUUGAGCUGCAGCACGAGGGAGCGAAGGUGGAACGCAACUCCUCCACUCUGGUCAGAGUGGUAAAAUUGGAGGAUGCAGCGAAGGAGAAUCCUGCCAUUGAGGAGAUCAAAAACGAUGAGCAGGACCUGAGCUCCAUUCCUGAGGACUAUGUGCCAGACGGCAAUGGAGAGGUGGUCACAGCCUGGAGGAAUCACACAAUCAAGAGUGUGUUCCCAGAGGACGGCCAGGUGGCCAACGGAGGUUUGGCCAGCGUCACGGUGACAAGUGAUAAUGCCGGAGGAGACUUGGAUGGCACAGUUCCCACCACCACCUCCAGACACGCACUUCAGGCCUCCAUGCCAAUGUUCACCCCGCUCGUGGAGGUGGAAUCCAGUUUGCAGUCCGCCACUCCUCCUCCUCCUCCAUCUUCUCCUCCUCCUACGCACUUGGCAUUGGAGGUCACUGCAGCGCCCGUGGCCCGGUCGUGGGACUUCUCUGGGUCACAGCCCGAACCCACCACAGCCAGCUACGCCAGACAGCCUAGUCUACAAGAGGACCAAGAGGAUUUCCCUCCUCUUCCUCGUCCGCCCUUUCUUCGACAGGACACCCUACCAGAGGACACCUCUUUUCCUCCUGCUCCUCCAUCAACGAGCGCGCUCCUCGUUCCCCAGCAGGCUUUCCGCUCUAACCAUGACUAUGAGGCCAUAUCAGACCUUCUGAGGGGCCCUACGCCUACACCAUCGGAGGCCCCCUCCGACAUCUCUGGGCCGCCUGUGGAUAUUCCCUCCUACGACUUUGUGACCCAGCUGGAGGAGCCCUAUGCCACCUCCACCCCAGUGACCUUGAACGUGACCCCCACCUUGACCCCUGGCCUCACAGAGCUCCAACAGCAGGGGCAGGAACAGGAGCACUCGCUGGUUGGGCGCACCCCAAGCAUGGAGGUGGAGGUGGAGGAGAUAGCUGAUCUGGAGGACAGGCACUCCACGGCCAUGUACGCCCGGGUGAGCAAACGCAUCAAGUGCCCCACACCGCCUCCCGUUCCCCCGCCCGACGAGACGGAGGAGCUGGGAGAGGAGGUGGAGGAGGAGGAGGAGGAGGAGAUCGCACCUCCGAUACCGGACAGAGCGCAGGACGCAGACCAGCUCCCCACUCUCAGUAGCCCACUGUGACAAAGAGAAUGUCUAAUAAGGCCCCCACACCACCUAUGGGGCAGCCAUGGCCUACUGCUUAAGGAGAUGGGCUUUAGAUCAGAGGGUUGCAGGUUCAAAUCCCACUUUUCCACUCUCUAUCUCUCUAUCCCUAUCUCUAUCUCACUCCAUGGCUGAGGGACCCUUACCCCACACCUAACCUGAGCAAGGCACCUAACCCCACACUGUUCCACGGACUGUAACCAAAACCCUGUACUUAAAAUAAUUGCACAUUGCUUUGGAUAAAAGCACCAUCUUAACUGUGAUCAUUAAUGUAAUGUAAUUUGAUGCCUCUGUGAAAGUCCUGGAGUUGAAUUGUAACAGGUUUCUUUACAUUUUUAAGUUAAUGGUCAACUAAAAUCAGCCCUUUUAUACAGUAAGAAUCUCAGUAUGCGCUCUUCCAGUGUGCCACCCACCCCUCCUCAAUGGAGCACUCCUGUUUCGAUGUAUAUAGAUAUACUGUAGAUGUAAAAUACAAAAAAAGCCUUCCCUCUUCAGCAAUGGACCAAUUACAACUGCAUGGUGUAGCCUGCUCUACUCUUCUUCACCCUGUUUGGUUAUGACCUGAUGACCCAAAAAAAAGGACAAUUUUAGAUGGGUUUUUGGCCUGUUCCCAAGUGUGUCUAGUUGGUACUACUGUAAAUGUAACUUGAUACACUGUUUGCCACUGAAUGGAAAAACACAACUGUUCAAGCCCAUGCGUCUUCAUAGGCCUCUUCACUUCUACUAAGGCCUUACCAAUUGCACUCAUGUUUAAAGUCCAGCCACGUCAGUGCAACCCAGUAGGCCUGACACAAGUGGGCUACCUGCCUGACCCAUAGAUACAGUACUUCAUAAAUAAAGGUUUUUUUUUUUUAAAGCACUAUACAGCCAUUUAAAUGCACUUUUCAUGAAUAAUUUAAUACAUAUUUGAUAGCAGUGAGCCAUGUGGAAUGAUAAUGAGUAAAUAUUUAAUUUUAACUCAUUUUCUUUACCAAAUUAAUCAAAAGAAAAACAUUUUUCACUGGAAAAUAAAUGAAAAUGAAUGAAUGAUGCCAUUUUGGAAAAUCCCUCCUCAAAUAUAGGCUAUAACAGGAGAACAUAUAAAUGUACUGUAUACUGUAUGUCUAUGGCCUGUGUGCUCUGUGAUCCAUGGUGCACUGUAUCUGCCUGUAUCCAUCUACUUCCUGUGCCCAUCUUCUGUCUUCAACUCUGCAUUGUUCUAUGGGUUGUAUUUUGUAAUGCAAAAGUGAUGCAUCAUAUUAUAAUGUAUAUUUAAGAAUAUGUGAAUGCACAGUGAUCACACUUCAAACACAUUGUGUUAUAUUGUCUACUCUAUCCACGUCUAUUUUUGUUAAACUGUCACAUUAUAUCAACAAAUGGUUGAUUCUGAAAAACAGACAUGUUCAUGUUAUUCCUUCACACUGCUGUAACACACACAGAUACUGACUUCAGUUCAAAUGAUUUACAUUGAACUUCAUAGGUGUCAGUUGGUUUAUCCAUGUUUAGUUGAUGUCACUUACAGUUACUUUUAUAUAAAAAAAUGACAACA